AUGCGCGCCAAGCACACGAAGCACGACCUCCCCGCGUUCCCCGUCUACUCCUCCGCCUUUCUGUCGGACACGGAGCUAGUUAUUGGCGGCGGUGGCGGGCAGGCGAAGACGGGCAUCAAGAAUAAGCUGAGACUAUUCGAGACCCAGAAUGACUCGCAACUCAAGCAGGUGGACGAGCUGGAGCUCGCGCCAGGCGAGGACGCGCCUAUGAGUAUGGCCGCAGCAAGAAAGACCUCCAAGGUCAUUGCUGGUGUCAACAGCAGCGAGGACAGACUGAAGGCGGGGCACAAUGAUAACUGUCGCGUCUUGAACGUCGCAGACAAGAAAAUUACCCCUCUAUCCUCUCAGGGCACCCUUCCGACAGAAGACAUCGAGCAUCUUCUGGAGGACUAUCAGCGCGUCACUGUAGUAUCCCCCGAUGAAUCUAUGGUCGCUGUCGCAGGAACGCACGAUGUCACCCUCCUCUCCUUCCCUUCCCUCGAACCCCUCGCCGCCCCCUUGCACUUUGGCGACGAGAUUUACGACGCGUCCUUCUCGGACAAUACCCUCGCCAUCGCCACCACCGGCAAAGUCCACCUGCACGACCUCCCCACCUCGUCCUCGUCUCCUGCCACCUCCCCAUCCUCCAAAAAGAAGUCCAAAGGCAAGGGCAAGGCCGUUGCUCCCCUCCCCGUCCAGCGCACCAUCGACGUACCUACUCUCCUUGACGGGACUGCCACCGGCUCAAUUCGCGCCGCCAAGUUCUCCCCCACCGACCCCUCCAAGCUCUUCAUCGCCGUCAACACCACGCCUGCACGGGGCAAAGGGAAGCGCGCCGUCCCACGGCAGUCCUUCCUCUGCGUAUGGACAAUCUCAAAUGGGGAGAAGGGCGAGAAGGGCGCAGGCACGGUGGAGCGGACGAAGAAGCUGGGCGACCGGGCGCUGACGUGCUGUGAUGUGUCGCUGGAUGGGAGGUUGAUUGCGUUUGGGUUUUCGGAUUGUAGUAUCAGUCUGUUAGAUACGAAGACGUUGACGCCCCUCGUCACCAUUCUCAAAGCACAUGAAUUUCCCUCCACGACGCUCGCGUUCAACCCACAGGCGACGCUCCUCGUCUCGGGUAGCGCGGAUAACUCGGUGCGCUUGAUAAGUGUGCCCGCAGGGGGUACGAGGGAUGGGAUGGGUGAGCUGUCCUCUUGUGUUGCCCAGGAAGAUGAAGAUGCUGAUCGACCUCCUCUCAGCAUGGACGACGAUCAUCCUGAUCCUCAUUACGCUUCUCGCCAUCGUGCUGGCGUUCGUGAUGAAGCAGGCCUGAGAGUUGGGGGUGCAGGCUCGCGCUCUCUCACCGCGCAAGAAGAUUUUGUAAGACGACGGUCGAGCGGAUCCAGCAGUGGAUUAUGA